AUGCCUGAUAGACCGGUGGUGGUGCAGGGUCAGGUGGUUGAAGUGCUUGCGCAUGAGGCAGAUCAGGUGUGGCUGUCCAAUGUCGAUGGAAUCCAAGUUGGGGCCUCAUUGACUCAGGAGAGGGUUGUCAUGACUGACGGUGACAUACUGCAGCGUUUCCGAGACAUUUGGGAGCCUCGAUGGAACAAAAUGGCCCAUGUUCUGCCUGGUCAGUGGGACCAAAUUUGCGGAUUCCUUGAGCGUUCCUUGCCAGUGUUGGAUUGGUCUUUCCGUGAAUGGACUCCUGCAUGGUUUAGUGAGGUAGUUGGGCAGAAACGUCCUCAAUCAGCCAAGGGUCCUGAUGGGGUCUCACAACCGGACCUUGCUUCUCUCCCUGGUGGUGCUUGCUCUGCAAUGGUUGCUCUGUACAACAGUGUUGAGGCUGGAUGCCAAUGGCCAGAUCAGGUUGCCAGUGGUUUUGUGGCCAGUUUGGCCAAACAUGGUGCCGCUCAGGCAGUUGAUGAAUACCGUCCUGUGACGGUGUACAGCCUGGUUUACAGAACCUGGUCCUCAGCCCGGGCUAGGGAAGCGUUGCGAGUGCUGGCUCAAGUUGUCCCUGAGAGUGUUCAAGGAGGUUUGCCAGCCAGACAGGCCAAACAAAUUUGGUACACCAUGGCUCAACAGCUUGAAGAUGCCUUUCUUUCCGGUGUUCCGUUGCAUGGACUGCUCAUGGAUGUGCGCCGUGCCUUCAAUGCAAUUCCUCGGUAUCCAUUGUGGUGUGCCUUGGUUAAGCUUGGAUUUCCUGAGGGGGUUUUGCGGGCAUGGGUGUCCUUUGUUUCUGCCCAGUCUCGAAGGUUCAAGGUUCGGUCCUCGGUUGGUGACCCUGUGACUUCCAAUUGUGGACUUCCGGAAGGUUGUGCUUUGUCCGUGUUUGGUAUGGUCAUUAUAGACUGGGUCCUUGACCUGUGGCUUCAUGCUACAAUGCCUUCCUUGUGCCUGCAGGCUUUUGUGGAUGACUGGGGGGUUUUGUUCCAGGAUCAGCACCUUUUCCAGCGUGUGUGGCAGUCGGUCUUGGAUUUCACAAGUGUUUUGGAUCUGGAACUUGACCUGAAGAAGACCAAGGUCUGGAGUACCCAUACUGCAGCUAGGCGUGACUUCCGCCAGCAGCCUCUGACGGUGGCCCUGGCAACCCGCAAUUUGGGGGCUCACCAAAACUUCAGUCGGCAUGCAUGGAAUUCCGUUUUGUUGGCUAGGAUUAGAGCUAUGCCUGAGGUUUUUAGACGUUUGAAAACCAGUCUGGCUCCUUACAGUGCCAAGUUGCGUGCAGUUCGAGUCAUGGCAUGGCCCAGGGCGUUGCAUGGCGUUUCGGUUGUGCAUGUUGGGUCCUCUCACAUGAAAGUUUUGCGUUCUGCUGUUAUGCAAGGAAUUGGUGCCUCUCGGAAAGGGGCAAAUCCUGUGUUGCACUUGGCCAGUAAUCACCUUGAAGCUGAUCCAGAGGCAUGGUGCAUCUUGCAGACUUUUCGGGAUGCCAGGGAGCUGGGGCCUUUGGACCGAAUGGAAUCCAUGCUUGGUCUUUUUGCCACUCAGGACAUGCAAUUGCCUGGCAAUGGUCCCACAGGGGUUCUUUUGGCUCGCCUUCAGAGACUUGGUUGGGUUGUUGGUGGCAACGGGUUGGUGCAGGAUCGGCUUGGAACCUUCAGUGUGCUGAAUGUUGGUUGGGAUGAACUUUGGGUCCGAGUUGCUCUUUCCUGGGGCCAUGUCAUGCAUUCAGCAGUCCACCACCGUUCUACUUUCACUGGUAUUGACACUGCUGAUAUCUUGGAAUCUCAAUCAGCAUUGUCUCAUUUUGGUGAUGCGGACCGGGUGUAUUUACGUUGCCAUAUGGAUGGAACAUUGUAUACACAGAGUGGACGUGCGCACUUCCAGGAAGGUGUCAGUGGUCAGUGUCCAUGGUGCGAUGCAAAAGAUGGCUUUUAUCACCGUGCUUGGGAGUGCCCCUUUUUCCAGGAUUGUCGUGUCCACAUGUCCGAUGUCCAACUUGCCAGGGUCCCCAGUUUGCCUCUGUGUCUCUCUUGUCAUGGGUGGGCCAUCUUGAUGCCAGAAUGGGAAGUCUAUGUCGCUUGGUUACUUGAAGAUUGGGGUUUUGCUAAGCUGUCACCAGUAGGCCUUACACCGGUGCAAUCCUCUCAGGUGGUUGAACUCUUUGUAGAUGGUACAGCAGCGAAUCCUACAGAACCGAAGCUGCGUUUUGCAGCUUGGGCCGUGACCAGAGCUUCGUUAGGCAGUUUGAACAACGACGUUUUGAUGGGUGGCCAUGUGUGUGGGCUUGCCCAGACGCCAUUCAGAGCUGAACUCACGGCUAUGGUGGAGGCUUUGAAGUGGGCGAAGCAAAGUGGCGUCAGGGUGCGGAUCUGGACAGACUGCUUAGCUGUACUCAAAGGUGUCAGACGUCUUCAACGGGGGCUGCCAGUCAAACGCAACAAGCCGCAUUCAGAUUUGUGGGGCCAAAUUGCAGCCUUGUGGGAUGAAUGGCCGGCAGAUCAAGUUCAGCUGAUCAAGGUCGUAUCACAUGGUUGCAUUUCUGCAGCGGUGAGCCCAUUGGAGGAGUGGGCUUAUUGGCACAAUGGUCUAACUGAUCGGGCGGCAGGAAUUAUCAACACAACAAGACCGCAAGGUUUUUGGGAUGCUUGGCGAGGGGUGGCGCAUGCACUCACUCAAAACCGGAAGUUGCAUCGCGCCAUUUUGAUGGUUUUGCUUCAGUCAGGGCGGAAAGCUCACAGGGAAGAACAGAGAUGGGCUACUAUGCCAACGCCUCAGGUCCGACAGCCACGAGGGGUGUUCCCGGAGAUGCCUCGGGCACCAGAAGCGUGGACUUUCCCAGAAAAGAUGAUCAAGCGCUAUGGUGAGAGAAAUGUGCGGCAGAUUCAUGAGUGGUGGAGCAGUGUAGGUACAAGUUUUCUGGAAGGGGAUGCACAAUUGGUGAUGGUCAGCACCAACGUGGAGCACCUCUUCUACGCGCUAGAGUUGACGUUGACCAGUGUGUUGGUUACCAACAUUUUCCAGUUCGGUUGGUGGAGAUGCAAAGCUCGAACUGGGGACCUGACCCACUGGCAAAGGUGGGAUGCUGCUUACUAUCUCGGCGCAGCUGUUCCUAUGAAUCUCGGUAUGCCCUUGGCCGUUGUGCUGAUCUACAUUGGCGAAGCAGGCUAUCCAGCCUCAAAGAUGUGGCAUUCGGGCAGCUGGAUGCCGAAUACUCCUCAUGGAAUCAUCCUCUACAUCUUCAAAUGGCUUGGAGUGGUCUUUCUGACUGUGGGCGUUUUGAAAGCUACACAGCUUCACGUGAAGAUCAUGAGCAAGUGGAGGAGGCUGCGCGGACAGGCAGAUAAAGCGGCCCCGAAAGGGACUCCUUGA